AGACGGGGUGGUUUCCUCCGAGAGCACGCUGGGAUUUGUAGUCUUUGGGAGCGGACCCAGAGGGAGCCGGGCCGCUUCAGGGAAGGAAGCUACAUUUCGCGUUCUCCGCUCUACCACCGCCCUUUCAGUCCUUCCCUGCCGAGUCACAGGGCCGGAGAUGAAGCCCAUGCCCGCCAGAGUUACAGGCCCGCAGCGGCCCAGCACGGCAGCCAUGCGAUGCCGUACCGCAGACCCGAGACGCCGGUGGGGCCGGAAGAGGAGGGGCUCCCGCAGCGCACCCGGAGGCUCCGCCCCCUGCGUCACUUCCGCCUUGGGAAGCUGGCCGUGGGGCAGCAGGGAGCGGAAGGCGAUGGAAGAGCGGAAAGUAAAGAGGAGGAGUCCCAAGUCUUUCAGUGCCCACUCGACUCAGGUUGUCAGUGCCAAAAAAAAUGCCCUGCCAGUUAGUAAAAGCACGGGCUUUUCCAAUCCUGCGACACAGUCAACGUCACAGCGGCCAAAGUUAAAAAGGGUGAUGAAAGAGAAGGCCAAACCUCAGAGUGGAGAAGGAAAGGGGGCCCAGACGACUCCAAUCCAGCACUCCUUCCUCACCGACGUCUCGGACGUGCAGGAGAUGGAGAGAGGCCUCCUGAGUCUCCUCAAUGACUUCCACUCGGGGAAACUCCAGGCAUUCGGAAAUGAAUGUUCCAUUGAACAGAUGGAGCACGUCCGUGGAAUGCAGGAGAAGUUAGCCCGGCUGAACCUGGAGCUCUACGGGGAGCUGGAGGAACUGCCCGAGGAGAAGAGAAAAACAGCCAGUGAUGCCAAUCUCGAUCGGCUGCUGUCUGAUUUAGAAGAAUUGAAUUCUUCCAUACAGAAACUCCACUUGGCAGAUGCGCAAGAUGUUCCGAACACUUCUGCCAGCUAAGGUGAAAUGCAGUGUGCUUGCUUGUGAUGUGAAGAGAAGCAGCGGUCUUGGCUUGUCCAGCUGAAUCCAGUAGCAGAAUCAUCUUCCGCAACACUGAAUUAAAGUGCUUAAAGUGCAAGUGCAAUGAUUGUUCUCACAUACUGCUUUUAGUAAACCCAACUUGCUGUUAUUCACCCUAACUGGAGACCUAGGCCUUGUUCAAGACUUGAUCAUGGAAUGUGGUGCCAAGGUCUUGCUGCUAUGCUUCUUGUUACCUCAGGGGUUAUACUUGAAAUGCCUUGUGCUGAGGUGUCUUGAUGGGGCUGAGGGAUCCAGCCUUCCCCAGCUCGCCAAACUGGUUCCGUUGUGGGGCCAAGUGGGUGGUGCCCAGGCCUUGGGCAGCCUGGUGUCAGUUUACUUGACAAUCGGUACAUAUGCUGGUGUGUUCUCCAAAGGCCAGUGACUACAAAAUGUUCAUUAAGUAUUUGUGAGAUUCGCUAUUUUUUAAUAAAGUGAUCAUUUGAAACUA